GCCCACUGGGUUUGUUCUAUCUCUCUUAAUCAUCUCCUGAUCUCUUUCUAAAUCAAUUGCACGAAGAUAGGUGCGCAGUAGAAUGAUGGGGAUAGAAAGGUUCUUGAAUUAGGAAAAGAAAAAGCUCUUGAAUUGAGGGACAACGACUGUACAUGAAGAAUUUGAUCAUUGUAGUUGUAUAUACAGUGUGGUUACCGCAUAAAUUUUAAUAAAUGUUGUCCUGUUUGACAUACUCAGUAACAGUUCAUCUUGUGAAGAUAAUUGAAAGUUGAUCAUUAUUUUUCAAAUAAACUUUCCGUCUAAAAUGGCGUUGAAUAUUUUUAAACAGGUUUCUAUGUGCUAUCGUCAUCGGCUGAUGAACAAAGCUGUGAGGUUUUAUGGUAUACAUGAACCUCCUUAUAUAAUGGUAAAACAUUCAGGACCACCUCUAUAUCCUGUACUGAAUGUACAAAUUAGAGGAUAUAUGUAUCCUUUGCUGGAGAGUUAUCAAUCUUUCAUUGAUAAACUUGCAACUGAAUUGGAUGUAGACAUUAAUGACAGUUUUGCUUUCCCACAUCGAGAUUUUAAAAUAGAAAAAUACAAAAAACAAAGUUCAAUAGUUGAAUCAGAAUAUAAUCUUAAACUUUUUGAAAGGGAUAUAAUAAUAUCAAAUAUAACUUCUACGAAAUUACCUAUUUUUAUUAGAAUAUUAGAAGCAGCUCUACCUAUUGGAGUUUCUUUAGAAAUAAUGCCAUACGAUCCUGCCUUAGAAGAGAAACGUAUGAUACCAGAUAAAGAACUGUUCGAUUUGAAAACUGAAUUAAACGAAAUAAAAAAAUCUAAAUAGUAGAUUCAUGGAAAUGGAAUACCUAAAUUUCAUCAAUAUAUGCAAUAUUGCAAUAGUGUAGUAAUACAAUUUCAAAACAGUCUGUUUUAUAUAAAAAAAUUAUAUACAAAAUAGGCAUAUGGAUAUUCUUACAAACAAUAGAAAUAUGUAAAUACAGUAUUUUAUCUACUUUCAUUAAAAUCUGCAUUCCUCCUUUACUUAUAAAA